AUUCUGCUGUGGUCAGAGGUCCAGAAGGCGAGCCAAGUCAGUAAAAAGGAAACAAGGGUAGGCUGCUGCUAGAGGCAUCAACUUUAAAGACAGACCAAAGGAAGGUUUGGAGGUGCACAUCUUGUCUGGCAUGCAGUCAUGAAUAGCCAUGAUGCUCAACACUUAGAGAACAGUGACAAAAAGGUUCAAGAUGGGAUUGAAAAUAUGUCAGCAAGCAAUGCAGUGAAUCCUGAACUCACACUUAUAUUAUUUGGAAACAGAAAUUCCAUUGAGAUUGGAUCAAAAAACAUCUUGCUGGACCAUGACCAAGAGAAAUAUGAGAAAGAGUUUUCAUCAAGACUGUAUGACCUAUUGGGUCGUCAGAUCUCUGUAGUUAAUAUGCUUGGAUUUCCAAGUAUUGACACGAUUCCAGAGAUUCCAGAAGUUCAUAUCUUUAUCUUGCUGAUAUCAAAUGACCAGCAAGAAAACCAGUAUACCUCUGGUCUGCAGUGGUUAGAAAAAACACUGGGAAAGGAGCACAGCUCUUAUGUGAUGACAGUUGUGACUCAUAAUGACUCAGAUGAAAUUUGUGAAAGUGAACUUCAGAAGCUAAAAGCAAAGAGCAGUUUUUCUGAAAAAAGAUACCAUACAUGUACAAGAAGUAUGACGGACACAAAUGAGAUAAUAAGUCUUCUGAAAAAAAUAGAUGCCAUGGUUUUUGAAAGUAGACGGAUGACUGAAGGAAACAAAAUCAAUCUUGAUGAAACACUGAGAAUAGAUGAAGAGACAGAGAGUGAUAAUGAAUUUCAGGAUGCUGUUGAGUCUUUGAAUGAGGAUGACAACUGCAUAUCCAGUUUGGUAGAAGUCAAUCCUGGACAAUGUCAAUCAACAGAAAAAGGACAAAAAAAGGAGAGUGCAAAUAAAUCAAAGGCAAGUUUUGACAAUGAAGACUCGGACAUGAAUGAUGAUAGCGGAGAACAAAGCAAAGAAGUGGGACAAAAGAAGAAGAGUGGAACUGAAACUAGAGGACAUGUUGAUGUUAAAGGCUCACAGAUGAAUGAUGAAGAUGGAGGAAAAAAGUCUGGAAUCAACAUUGUUUCUUGCCAACCAAGCCAGAAAAGCAAAAUUCUACAACAUCAAUCCACACAACCUCCCACUGUGUCUGGUACCCUUAAUAUCAAUGGAUCAAAAGAAAAGCCAUUAUGCAGUUCUUCUGAAGAAGAAAAACAAAUACUUCUAAAAGAGACUGGAAUGCUGUUUGAAAGGCUUGAACUUCAGGACAAAUUUCAAACAAAGUUGUCACCAGCAGAAUUUCUUCAAAUAGGUCCACCAAUCAAGCAGACCAAUGAAAUUUACGGAAACAAUCUAGCUUAUGCUUUUCUUCAGAGAUUAAUGAUGUUAGAUUAUAGAGCCAGAUACAUCCCUGUUCAACAAAUAACUUUAGAUGUAAGCGAUUCAGAAGCUCUUCAAGUAUCCAAAAGCAGUGACACAGAAAAAGGUGACUUUGAUGCUCUUUAUAGCACUAACACAGAGUCAGAUCAGUCAAAUAAUAAUAAUAAUCAUGUGCAUCCAAUGGAUGUUCAAAUGGCAGUAUUUCACUGCUCAGACAGCUUCCUUAAACAGAAAAUAAUCACAAAGUUGUCACAGUGUCAGUAUGCUUUACCACUGCUUGUUCCUGAUCUUCUCUCAACAAAUAUUGAGUGUCCUUUGUGGACAUUCAGACAAAUAACAAAAACAUGGAAAAUAAGCACAAACAAAGAAAACAAAACCACUGUCACCAUGAAAAGCAUGCCAAUCUACAAAGCUGACACUCCCAUGGUUUCAUUUUUCCGACUGGGCUCCAUGUCUUUGUCCAAAUCUCAGCUGAUGAAUGCCUUGAUCAACGACCGCCACGACACAUUCUUCCACAGAAACUGUAAAGGCAGCACCAAAUCUCGUUAUUUGAUGGAUGGCGUGGCAGAGAUUGCCUGGUACUGCCCUGCUGGAAAAGACAAUGAUUUCUUUACUGACUGCAUUGCCUUCUGUAAUCUUCAUGGAGAUUCUCUAGCAAAUGUAAAACAGCGUGAAAUCCUGACUGAAAUGUCAUCAGUCAUUGUUGUUCUUGUGCCAACUCUGGAAAAAUGCCAUGAAAGCAGUGCAGUUAUAGAGACACUGUACAAGUCUUCAAAGCCUCUAAUCAUCCUCAGUGCAGACAAUGACUGUCCUGCAGUUCAGAUGAAACCACAAAAAUACAAACUGGGUCUGAAAGAAAGAAGUCAGUCGGAUGUUUCUGAAGAACUAAAAAAGAUUAUAAAAAGCCUUUUGUCUGGACCCCACACAUCCUUCAGGCUGGAGACUAUGGCCAAAAUCUCUGGGGUCAAAGUGGAUGAAGAUCAGAAAGUCUGCCAGAAUGGGAAAUCUGCGGCAAUGGAAAUAAUUGAAUUGAUUGAAAGGAUGGACAUUGCCAAAAUCAAAGAUACAUUUCUUCCAUGCCAAGGUCAACUUUGGUCCAACUGGUGCAAAAUCAAUAAAGAGUUGCAUCAUCUAAAGGGAGAGAUUGAAAAAGAAAAGGGCCAGAAGAGUCAUCAGCUAAUGAAACUACGAGAGAAACAGUGUAAAGUGUCUAAUGUAUCCAAUAGUAAACUGAUGAGGUUGUUCACUCAGAGCCUCCAGAGUUUGCCUCCAAAAGAAAGAGAAUAUUUCUUGACAUGGACUCAGAUCCUUAUAGAUGCCCUCUCCACAGAUGAUCUCUCUUCAAUUCUCCAAAAUUAUGAUGAAACCUGGUCAGAGAUCUUGGUCUUGAAAAAUAAACAUGACAAAUCUGCUCAAUUAAAACACAAACAAACGGAGCUUGAACUGUUGUCACAAAAGCUUCAAUCAGCAACCUUUGGUCUGGAACACAUCUUCAGAGAGAUGGGACAGAUCUAUGAAGCCCAUAAAUCUUUGAAGAAACCAUUGCUGUACCAACAACAUGAUUGGACCAAAUACCCUGAGCUGGCUGCAGAUCUGAUGAUAUCAGGACACCCAAUGGAGUUGAUGGAUGGGGAUGCAGGCCAUGUGCCUUUAAUAUGGAUUUCUAAUCUUUUACAGGAAGUCAUCAAGAAACUUGGUGACCCGAGAGUUUUUGUGCUGUCAGUUCUGGGUGUACAAAGUAGCGGAAAGUCAACGAUGCUGAAUGCCAUGUUUGGCCUGCAGUUUGCAGUCAGUGCUGGAAGGUGCACCAAGGGUGCCUACAUGCAACUGGUUAAGCUGUCGGAGGAAAACAAGGAUAGAUACCAGUUUGACUACAUUCUAGUUGUAGACACUGAAGGACUGCGUGCUCUUGAGUUAGCAGAUAAUGCUACCCUUCAUCAUGACAAUGAACUUGCAACAUUUGUUGUUGGUCUGGGGAACAUGACACUGAUCAACAUCUUUGGUGAAAAUACAGCUGAGAUGAAAGAUGUCCUACAAAUUGUUGUGCAGGCUUUCAUGAGGAUGAAGAAAGUCAAACUUUCUCCAAGUUGUGUGUUUGUCCAUCAGAAUGUCACAGAUAUUACAGCAGCAGAGAAAAACAUGGAUGGAAAAAGACGUUUGCAGGAAAAACUGGACAAGAUGGCUCAACUUGCUGCCAAAGAGGAAGUGUGUGAUGUUGAGUGCUUCAGUGAUGUCAUCGCGUUUGAUGUGCAAAAAGAUGUGAAAUACUUUGCUCAGCUGUGGGAGGGAAGUCCACCAAUGGCUCCUCCAAAUCCAGGUUACAGUGAGAGCAUCCAAGAACUCAAGUCCAUUAUCUUGUCUAAAGCCAAACAGUCUACUGCAAUCACUCUGUCACAUUUCAGCACCAAAAUUCAAGACCUGUGGAACGCUUUGAUGAAUGAACACUUUGUUUUUAGUUUCAAAAAUACAAAGGAAAUUGCAGUUUAUAGAAAACUGGAGGUCCAAUAUGGGAACUGGACUUGGGCCCUGAGGAGUGAGAUGCUGAAUAUUGAAAACCAACUUUAUCCCAGAAUUGAAAAGGGCCAACUGGACAAAGUUGAGCUCAGUUACCUUAAUAAAGAAAUGGCUAAAACAUAUGAAGAAGUAACAAAAAGUAUGACGGCUUACUUUGAAGAUGACAAAGACAAAGAAAUGUUGGUUCAAUGGCGGGGCCGAUUUGAGAACAAAAUCAAAGUGUUUCAAGAGGAACUUGUGAGAGGAGUGAAAAGAAAACUGGAUGAAGUAAUUCAGCAAAAUAAUGCUAGAAAAAUGCUUGACAAGAAGAAGACAGAGUUUGAAAACAACCUACUCCAGAAGAGCAAAGAGCUUGCUCAUGAGUCAAAAGCAAUGGCAGAAAAGGAAGAGGACCUGAAAAAACAAUUCAACACUGUUUGGAGUCACUGGGUUAAGGAAUUAACCUCGGAUACAAAACCCAUCGAGAACAUAAGCUUGGAGGAGGAUCAGCAACUUGUCCUUCAAGAUCUUGGUGUAGAAUGGGGACUCAUUGAUGAGUCAAGAAGAAGUAAGAGAUACAAAAAUCUGUCAGUACGUGGUGAUUAUUCUGAUUACAUAACCCAAAAGAAGUAUCCAAACAUCAAUGAGGAAAGCCAACAGUCUCAGGAAAACAAGAGAGAAGAAGACAAAGACACAUGUGGACGAGUCAAAGCUUUAGUUCACAAAUUCCAAAAUUCCAAAAAUUGUAGUAGCAUCGAUGCUUUUGAAAUUUCAUCAACAACACAACAACAUGAAGAACGUAAGCCAGAGAAUCUUUUUCAGUAUGAAGAUCAGGAACUGAUCAGAUCAUUUAUUAAUGAGGUUGAACAAAAAUGUCUUGAGGCCAUUAAGAGCAAACCUGUUACAACAAGAGGUUACACGCCAACCUACUUGCAGGAACUUGCCAAAAUUGUCAAAGAAAGAGUGACAGAGUUUGAAUCAUUAAAGAAAUUUCGAUUCAAGAAGGAUUUUACAGUUGACCUUUCUCUGUAUGUGUUUGAUAGGGCAGAAGGUUGGCUCUUAAACGCCCACAAGAUCUACAGAGACAACAAUGAUGCACUGACUUAUUUGGACAACAAGAAAAAUGAGUACUACAACAUUUUCAGAAGCUUCUGCAAAGGAAGUUCAUCUGCUGUGGUGUUUGGAGAAAUUAUUUGUGGAAAACUUAAAGUCUCUGCCGCUGAAGCCGUAUGUAACAAGACUGGAGUUGAUAUUGCUGGCGAGAUGAGGUCCAAUUUCCCAGCAUUCAGUGAGAACAGACUGAAUUUAGAGAAGCAUGUGUUAGCAUCUCUGGCAGAGAAAGAAGACUUUAGCAGAUUCACCACCUACAUCAGAAAUCCAAGAGCUCAAGUAGAGGCUUUCAUCAAAGAAGAAGUAAAGAAAUACAUGUUCACGACGCAGAAAGUUAAAGCCCAGACUAUCCUUAAAAAAAAUGUAGAAGACAUCACCAGAGUCAUCAGUCAGGCUUUGUUUGAGGCAACAAAGCCUGAUGGAAAAGGAAACAUAGAAAUGUGGGUGGAGGAAUUUUCUAGUAAACUGAAGCCAGAGUUGACUCUUGACACCAUUAGUUGUCAAAACUUCAGUGACAUAAACAAUUUUGAAUUUCUCAAAGAAGAGAUAGAGAAAGGUCUGAAAAGCAUCACAACAGAGAUGAGCAAACUCUCCCUGGAAAAAGUGAAUGACUGCAGGCAGAAGCCUGAUCAGAUCCUGAUUGAUCAGCUGUGCAAGUGCUGCUGGGAAAGGUGUCCAUUCUGUGCCGCUGUUUGCACAAACACUUUGAAGGACCACAGUCCUGAGAAGCACAGGGUUCCUUUUCAUCGACCCUCUGGAGUCAAAGGUUGGCAUGUAAGAGGAACAGUUGAGCUGGUCAUUGAUUUCUGUACCACGUUAGUCGCAAGUGACAGACGCUUUUACCCUGAUGCUGACUCGGAGGAGGCUGUUCCUUUUAAACAGUAUCCAACUGCAGGAGAAAAGUUUGCUUCUUGGAGCAUUACAGCUGAUGCCUCCAUGCUGGCCUACUGGAAAUGGUUCAUCUGCCACUUUCAAAAGCAAAUAGAAGGCUACUAUAAAAUGAAAUUUCAGGGUAGUGGAGAAAUUCCUCAGCAAUGGAAAAACUUCAGUAAGAAGGAUGCCAUUGAAAGUUUGAAUGAAAUGUGUAGUUUGUGAAGAAACUGGAGGUGUUCAUAGAAACUAAUCAAGUUGUGAGUUUGAGCAGUAAUUGUGACGUUCAAAGCUCUUCAAAAUGAAUAAAUGAUCAUUUAUUACCUUUGGUUUGUACAUCCUGAAUGAGUUAUAUUUGAAGGAUAACUGAAAUGGCUUCAAACAGCUAUAUGUUUUACUUUAUAUUAUUUUUCAGUCUUAUUGUUUUUUUUUCGUUAUUCUGAUUAUUUUUUAAUCACCAAAAGGUCUUAUUUAGGAAAUAAGCAUUGAAAUAUCGAAUGACUCUUGAUUUGCGUUACAGUAUGUAAAUUUUAUACAUGUAUGGUAAAAUUCAAAUCUUAAUUCAUAUUUUUUAAGCCCAAUUACAAUCAUAUUGAUCCAGUAGAUAAAUACCUUAAAAUAAACCACAUGUGAAUUUCAUGAACUAGAUGUUUUUUGUAAAUGACCAACAAUUUAGGCCCUCCCCCUCCCUAUUUUUUCAUUUAAGUUCAAACUUUGCUGUUAAACUAAUUUGUUAAGCAACUCAAUAUUCUUCCUCCAUAUUUCUUUUUAGGGUUUUUUUUAUUUCUUUAGUAAUUCUUUGGUUUAUUCCCUGUAAAUUUGUUUUUCUCUAAAUAAACUCGAAGUUUUGUAAUAGAAGAUGAUAAUGUAAAAAAUGUAACCACCCUUGAAGUAAAUGAAAUAAGCAUA